AUGGCUGAAGCUGAGAUAUGCACAAUAUGUCAAAGUCUUCUUCGAAAUGGAAGUGACAUUUUAAUAACACACUGUCAACAUGCAUUCCAUGCUGAAUGUAUUGCUACAAAUGCUGAUAAAUGCACCAAUAAAUGUCCAAAUUGUCGCGAAGCAAUUCAAUCAUUUCGUGAUAAAUUAACGGUGACUAAAAAUGAAAAUCUUUCAAGUCAAACAGCAAUAGAUGAUAAUGAAGACUCUUCACCAGCAAUUAUAUAUAUUCCAGAUCUACCGGCUGAUAAAUCUGAUACUGAUCUUGAACAAGCUAUACGUUCACGUUUACAACAACUUUAUGAUAUCCAAGUCUCGAAAGUGCAAUGUUGUUCACAUUUAGGUGUUGCUGUUAUUCAUUUACACAACCACAAAAAUAAAACUUUUCUAGUUGAUGUAUUGAAAAGUAUUUCAUUAUUUCCCAAUGAUCAUAUUAAUGUGACUUGUGCUGAUAAAUUGGAAGUAACAUCCUACAUAGUUUUGGAUCAAAAUCCAACACCACCCAAUAUUAAUAUAGUUGCACAACAAUGGAUAGACCUAUAUCCUUCACCACAUCGACCACAAUUUCAAACAUUAUCAAUACAAUUUCCAAAUAUAAUAAAAGUCACAUCAUUUUCUAUUGAAGAGUUGCAAGCCGUCACCAAAUAUCGAGUGUUUCAGGUUGAAGAUCAAUUAGCACAUAUCUACACUAAUGUUGAUUGUAGUUAUCUUGAAGAAUUACCUUAUUUACAACCAAAAUUAGAUAAUAAUCGAUUAUUUUGUUUUAUUGCAACACAACUUAAGAUGUCGGAUCGUGCAUAUGCAGAUAAAGAUACAUGUCAACAACAAGCUGACACUCUUUUUCAACAAAUACAAUCACUUCCUCCGGCUAUGAAAGAAUUAAAAUUGAAGUUUUAUAUUCAAUACAAUGAACAAUCUUCAAAUGCACUUAUUCUUGCUUCAAAUUCCUUACAUAAAUGGAUAUCAAUGAAGUUUAUUAAUAUAAAUGGACAAUUAAUAUUCAAAUCUGUUAAUAUUGCUAGUAAACUAAUUAUUAAACCAAUACCUACUGGAUUUUCACAUCGUUUAAUAUUUGAUCAUCCACUUUUCAAAAACUCUAUUAAGGAAGAUAUUGCUAAAUUAAGUGGUGAAUGUCUUGUUGUUGAAGUAAAUGAUAAAUGUGUUUAUGAUGAAUGUUUGAAGAGACGUGUUUUUGAAGUGAACUUUAAUGGUGAUCGCUUACCAUUACGUAUACUUCCAUAUACUACUCCAGAUGAUCCUGAUAAUACUGAAAUCAAUGUCCAGCAUUGGUAUGGCACAAAAAUGUUUAAUUUUAAACCUGAUAUAACACAAUUUGAUUCUCACCAUCCCAUAUUUCGAUAUAAAUGGAAUUCAAAAAUUUGGCUUGAUCAAUUCAUGAAAAAUAAAACUAAAUCUGAAGGAAUAAGAGAUGAAAAUGAACGUCGUCAAAAUGAUUUUAUUCAACGUAUGCUUCGUGUUACUGUCAUGUUAAAUACAAUGGCAGCAGUGCGAAAACACAAGUUUAUUCUAGAGGAUUCAUCAACAAAAAGUGAAGUACUUAUUGAACAUGAUUCUCCAUUAGUUACUAUUGUAUAUAAUCAUCAAUCGAAAUUGACAAAAAUUGGUGAAACAUCAACACCACCAUAUAGUUGCACGACUGUACGUGUAGUAAAUGAAGAUUGUAUCAUAUCAUAUAAUACACUUGUUUCAUCUGGUAUGAAACCAGUUCUUUUGAAUAUGGCUAAUGCAAAAACACCUGGUGGAGGAUAUCAAAAAGGAGAUGGAGCUCAAGAAGAAAAUAUUUUUCGUCGUUCAAAUUAUUAUAGAAGUCUUGAUUACAAAUUAGAUCAAGAGCAAAUUCAAUCUACUAACAAUAUAAGAAAAUAUUGUUCGCCUACAGGUCAAGUGGUACCGUUCGACGUUCAUCAAUCAUUAUAUCCAAUAGAUGAAUAUGGAGCUAUUUAUAAGGUGCGGACAAUUCAAAAUUUGAGCACUCUUCAUUUUUAGCUUA